AAAUCAAUAUAUUCAUCGCUCUGCUCAGAAUCUAAAAUAAAUGUAUAGAACGAGAAUUUAUGAAUUAUUCUGUUUGAAACGUUUUAAUCGUAAGUGUAAGUACCUACAUAUAUACCAUAUGUCCAUAUAUAUCUAACUAAUCAGAAACUGAGCUAUAAUAUGAAUAUUAAAACGCUAAAAAAAUAUUAAUUGGUUCCAAAUUAAAAAUACCACGCACUAAAUUGAUGGAAAUGUAUUAAUAAGUACCUACCUAUAAUUAAGAAUUAUUAUACGAAUUGUCUACUAAUCACUCGUACCGUUACGGACACUAAUUUUUUUUUCAAGUUUAGAAUUCUGGAGUCAAUUGACAAUAGCACCCGCAAAUGGAAAUUAGAUUUUUGGCGGUUAUACUUGAGUUAAAAAGUUUGAGUUCAUGGUUAUAAGUUAUUGAAAAUUCGUUACUAAUUAGUGAAACCAUUUUUGUGCUAACAUUUUUACUUUGUGGUGCUAGAGUCAGUGACCCUUAAACAAUAGCCAAGAAAAAAUUACCUUUUAUAAGUGUCGUAUAUUGUAGACAGUCGUCACUGUAAUAUUAUUUAAUGUAAACAUAUUACAUGUACAAAUAAACUUAGCAAUUUAGAUAUUAAUAUAGGUCAAUGAAGCAAGAUGUGCUGAGGCAGCAAAAACUAUUUUACUUUAUAACACCGCCGUACGCGCAGGCACGGGCAGUCCCGUUGUCGCUGAGUGAUUCGGCGAUAACGCAGGUACGACGAUCGAACGUGUGAAACGUCGAUCAUAGUACGGACUAGGCGAUCUAAAUUCGCUAAGUAUUUUGUUUAUGUUUGUUUGAAUUUAAUAAAAGUGUUUCCGACCAUCAAAACUCGAGUUGAAUAUUAUUUUAGUCAUUCUUAAGUUCUUACCUUUCAUAGGAACAGCGCCGGGAUACGUACUAUGUGUCAAUGAGGUUUUAUUAAACUGAAUAGUGCCAAGGUCUCCAAUAUCAGUAGUGCACCCCGGCCACCCUAGACUUACAUCCUGCAUUGCAGACCAUGACGUCGCGACUCGUGGUCGUUUUCCUUGCGUUUUGCACGUGGCCAGCGGUGCUCCUGCAGUGGACGCCUGCCGGUGCUUCGAACAUUCUGGCGGUGCAUACGAUUCCGGGUAAGACCCACUGGAACGUGAUGCGGAGCGUGCUGCGGGCGUUAACUGAGGGCGGCCACACAGUGACUGUCUUCACGCCGUUCAUAGACGGUGACCGGGAUGGUUACACGGAGGUGGACGUUUCUGAUGACCUGGAGGUGAGGGUGGGCAUAAACAUAUCGGUCAUUACGAGUACCCAGACCACGCGAACGGUGAUCGCAUACAUCGUGAACACGACAAGGACCAACUGCGGAGUCGUAUUCGAUCACCCGCAAAUGCAAGAGGUCUUGGGUGGCCGUUCGCAGUUAUUUGACGUGGUGUUCGCUGAUGCCAUCUGGUCGGAUUGCGUGUCGUAUGCGGCCACCGUUCUACGCGUACCCGCCAUUUACGUCGUUCCGUCGCCGAUCGUCACGUACACGGAGCGUUCGUUCUUCGGCCAAGUUUCCAAUCCCGCGGCUGUCUCCAACGUGCUGUCCAAGUUCGCUGUUCCCAAAACCUUCGCCGACCGUUUCGCUAACGCGAUGCAAACGGUUUACGGUUCGUGGCUGUUGUGGAGCGACGAACGGAGGCUUCGGCAAUCCGACCCGCGACCGUUCGACGCCGUAGACCUGGUCAGACCGUCGUUGACUUUUACCAAUACGCACUUCAUCACCGAACCGUCAAGACCACUGACACCGGACAUCGUGCAAAUAGGCGGAAUACAUCUGACUCCGCCAACUCCGAUACCAAAGGACAUUUUAGAAUUUAUUGAGAACGCGCCUCACGGAGUGAUUUACUUCACGUUCGGUUCGGUGGUUUCGAUGGCGUCGUUUCCGGAAAGUAUCCAGAGCGCUUUCAGAGAAGCUCUCGCUCGUGUUCCACAAAAGGUGCUGUGGAAAUAUGAAGGCGAAAUGACUGACAAACCGAAAAACGUAAUGACGCGGAAAUGGUUUCCUCAACGUGAUAUACUUAUGCAUCCCAAUGUCAAACUGUUCAUAAGUCAUGGAGGCAUAUCCGGAGUGUACGAAGCUGUGGACGCGGGUGUGCCUGUACUCGGAUUUCCGUUUUUCUACGACCAACCCAGAAAUAUUGACAAUCUGGUCAACGCCGGGAUGGCGUUAUCUAUGGAUUUGUUGUCUGUUACCGAAGAAACGUUGUUAAACGCCGUUUUACAGAUUGUCAACGAUGAAAACUAUCGGAAAAACGCUAAAAUCGCUUCAGAACGGUUCAAAGACCGGCCCAUGUCAUCCGCAGACUCUGUGGUUUACUGGACUGAGUACGUAAUACACCAUCAUGGAGCGCCACAUUUAAAAUCUCACACACUGAAUCUGUCGUGGUAUCAAUAUUUUUUGGUUGAUGUAAUGUUCACAUUAUUAUGUAUUGUGCUUAUCGUUUUGUUCCUAGGUUAUUAUUGCCUAAAAAUUAUCUAUAAACAAUUAUUUCAAUAUUUCAAUUAUAUAAAAGCGAAACGUGAAUAAAAUACAAUUACAUAGAUAAUAGUAAUAUACCUACUUAUUUUAUUAAAUAAUUUUCUUAGA